AUGCCCGGGCCUGGCAAUGCAGUUCCUCAUACUGACGCCAGGGCAGCGAGCGUGGCCAUUCAUCUCACAGCUUACGGAGGUAGAGAUGACAAGUUGUUCCACGCUGCUGCAGCUGAGUCAAUAUCUGCUUCACCUAUCAAAACAGUGGAACAAGCGUCAUAUCAAGCAGAAAGCUUCAUCGAAAAUGUCGGUUGCUCCUCCGAAGAUGCCAUUGCUUGUAUGCGAACCAAGACUAUCGCCGAAAUCUAG